UGAAGAGAGCAGACGGAUGCCAGUGAGUCAGAGAGCGAGCGAGCGCAGAGCACGGCCGACAAAACAACUCCCUCAAGAAGCUUUCUCCCUACACCACACUCGCAAUUUUCCGCCUUUAUUUGUCACCUGGAAUGAAAUGCUUUUACGCAGAUGACUUGAAAGAUCAGGUGGAGAUCCAGCCUGGUGACUCCAAACAGACCCGUGUGUCCCAGCUUGAGCUGCCUGGAUCAAGGGAGCAGAUCGCAGAGACUUCACCGCCAUGUCUUAACACCUCACGCUCCCCUCUGAAAACCCUGUCCCCCCUUCCCUCUCUCUCCCCUCCCUCCCCCUCAUCCCCCUCUGUCCUCCCUGUAGAAGCUCCCCAGUCCUCUGGAAACCACAGUGCCUCCUCUGGAGAAAUGAGUCUGCAGCAGCAGCAGGGGUCUGAGCGGGACCUUCCCUCCGCCGCCUCAUCCGUCAGUCUGCCCUCUGUACGAAAGACACCUAAAAAGCGGCGCAUCUCACUGCGCUCUCUGUUCCGCCGGCGCUGCGGUGACCCCAAAUCCCGCAAGUCACGUGCACUGGCCGCCGCAGUGGAUGGCAUCGCCAGUGUGGAGAGCGCUCACUCGGAAAUGUGCCAGCAGCAGGAUCCCGCCUCGGCGCUGUCUGCACCCGGUGUGGCCUCCACCUCAUCUUCCUCGUCCUCAUCCUCAGCCUCCACCGCUGAACUGCUGGAGUGCCCGCUGUGCCUGCUGCUCCACACCAGAGACCGCUUCCCUGACAUCAUGACAUGCCACCACCGCUCCUGUGCCGACUGCCUCCGACAGUAUCUGCGCAUCGAGAUCUCUGAGAGCAGGGUCAACAUCAGCUGCCCAGAGUGCUCGGAGCGAUACAACCCCCACGACAUCCGCAUGAUCCUCAACGACCGUGUGCUCAUGGAGAAAUAUGAGGAGUUCAUGCUGCGCCGCUGGCUGGUGGCCGACCCUGACUGCCGCUGGUGCCCUGCUCCAGACUGCGGGUAUGCAGUCAUUGCCUUCGGCUGUGCCAGCUGUCCAAAGAUCACGUGUGGUCGUGAGGGCUGUGGGACUGAGUUCUGUUACCACUGUAAACAGCUGUGGCACCCAAAUCAGACCUGUGACGCGGCCCGACAGCAGAGAGCUCAGAGUCUGCGGCUGAGACCCUUCAGAUCCUCAUCACUCAGCUACAGCCAGGAGAGCGGCGCUGCUGCUGAUGACAUAAAGCCAUGUCCCCGCUGUGCGGCCUACAUCAUCAAGAUGAACGAUGGGAGCUGUAAUCACAUGACCUGCGCUGUGUGCGGCUGUGAAUUCUGCUGGCUGUGUAUGAAGGAGAUCUCUGACCUGCACUACUUGAGUCCUUCAGGAUGCACGUUCUGGGGUAAGAAGCCUUGGAGCAGGAAGAAGAAAAUCCUGUGGCAGUUGGGCACUCUUGUGGGCGCUCCGGUCGGCAUUGCACUGAUUGCUGGCAUUGCCGUACCUGCAAUGAUCAUUGGGAUUCCUGUGUAUGUGGGCAGAAAGAUUCAUAAUCGUUAUGAGGGGAAAGACACCUCCAAGCACAAGAGGAACCUGGUCAUAGCUGGCGGGGUGACGUUAUCCGUGAUCGUGUCUCCGGUGGUUGCUGCCGUCACUGUUGGUAUUGGAGUGCCCAUCAUGUUGGCGUACGUCUACGGUGUGGUGCCCAUCUCUCUGUGCCGCAGCGGUGGUUGUGGUGUGUCUGCAGGGAAUGGUAAAGGUGUGCGCAUCGAGUUCGAUGACGAGAACGACAUGAACGUGGGCACUGGAGCUGCUGUGACUGACACCACUUCGGUAGCAGAGACCAGGCAUAACCCCAGUAUCGGCGAGGGCAGUGUGGGGGGUCUGACGGGCAGCCUGAGUGCUAGCGGGAGCCACAUGGAGCGUAUUGGAGCAAUGAGAGACAACCUGAGCGAGAACGCCAGCACUAUGGCCCUCGCCGGGGCCAGCAUCACUGGUAGCUUGUCAGGAAGUGCCAUGGUCAACUGCUUUAACAGGUUGGAGGUUCAAGCUGAUGUUCAAAAGGAGCGCUGCAGUCUGAGCGGGGAGUCUGGCACCGUCAGUCUGGGGACAAUCAGUGACAACGCUAGCACCAAAGCCAUGGCUGGGUCCAUUCUCAACGCCUACCUGCCUCUGGACAGCAGGGAUGGGAACAGUAUGGAGGUGCAGGUGGAUGUGGAGUCCAAGCGAGGGAAGCUCAGGCACCACAGCGGCAGCAGCAGUAUGGACGACGGCAGCAGCGGAGGACACGGGGCCAGCGUUUGCCCCUCUGAGUGUCCCCACGAGGGCAAGUGCGUUACCUGUCGCUGGGCCAAGGAGCCGUCAUCCACUUCCUCCUCUUCCUCUGGCAAGAAGAGCAAAGGCAAGCUGCGCAAAAAGAGCGGCGGAACCAAGAUCAACGAGGCGCGUGAAGACAUGGACGCCCAGCUGCUGGAGCGCCGCAGCACCAACUCCAGCGAGUUAGACUCACCCUCUCUGAGCGGCAGCCUGCCGUCUGUGGCCGACUCUCACUCCAGCCACUUCUCAGAGUUCAGCUGCUCCGACCUGGACGCCUGCAGACCGCCCUGCUACGAGUCUCACAUCCGACAUCCCAACACGGGCGGAGCGGUCAGCCCGCUUCCAGAGGUCGAGAACGACCGGCUGGAGAACUGUCCUGCUUCUGGGACCCUCCCUCAAGCAGCGGUCGCCCCUCUAACCCCUGACGGGGCGGCAGAGCGCCCGCUAUGCUACAUUGCAGAGGAGAAUGUGAGUUUAAUAUGCGCGGCUGAUACGGGCCAGAGCUCGUCUAAAGAACGCAAUAACAACCUUCCUCAGCCGACUAGCCCUGUGCGUAACGCAUGCGUUCAGACAGAGAUCUAAUCAGAACAGCGAACCUUUAUUACCAAGGACUGCACCCUUGUUUGAAGAUUUUAAAGCUUGUUUCAUGGAGGCUAGUGGGGUUGU